GUUGUUCUAUAGCGACGUUUGGACUAAAUUUUUUGACAAGUCUUUGGGUGUACCGAUUUGAUUCGAAGAAACCAAACCUCACACAAAAUCUUGUGCGGUUCACAUUUGCUCUGUGCUUCACUUUACAGUGCAUAUGGCCGAGCAUCCAUGGAAACAAGUGUAUGGGGCCGGUCAAUACACUGACUUCAGCUCCAUGUUAUCAAACAAGCCAUACAUUCAUCUCGAAUGCGUUUACAAGUCAUCCCGUGGAGAAGUCUUAUUCCCGGACGUGAUACCUCAUUGAGUGACCUGGAAGUCAUAUCCUCCCAUGUGCAUAAAACUGGUGUUAGAAGGAGAAACCAGCCAAGAUCAAUGGCGCACAUAUUCUUUCUCCUACUAUGGUUGCCACUUUCCUGCUCAUAUACUCUAGCUCAGCACAAUAUCAGCUUGGGAUCUACUCUGAAUCCUGAGGGGCCAAACAGAUCAUGGCUCUCGCCCUCUGGUGACUUUGCCUUUGGUUUCCGACCCCUGGAGACCAACUCUUCUCAGUAUUUACUUGGCAUCUGGUUCGAUCAGAUCAAUGAGAAUAUUAUUGUUUGGUAUGCCAAAUCCAAUGGUACAACAGCAGUGUCGUCUGGUUCAAGCCUGCAGUUCACCGUUAAUGGUUCGCUUUCUCUCCGUAACUCCACUGGAGCUGAGAUCUGGAGCUCCCAGAUUGCUGGUGGUGCUUAUGCUUCCAUGAACGACAAUGGAAACUUUGUGCUUUAUGGAGCAGACGGCUCCCCCAAGUGGCAAAGUUUUACUACACCAACAGACACCAUCCUGCCAUCCCAAGAGCUCCCUAGUGGGACUAUCCUCCAUGCUAAGCUUAUGGACACCGACUACUCAAAUGGUCGGUUCAUCCUCAGUCUUGAAACAGAUGGCAACCUGACUUUCUACUCAGUGGCUGUUCCUACAGGAUUCAAGUAUGAUGGUUAUUGGUCUACUAACACAAGUGGAAACGGUGGGAAGCUGGUCUAUGAUACGAAUGGCACAAUCUACUAUGCCUUGGAGAACAACAUGAAGCGCAUAAUGCAAGCAGAGAUGGACUCAACAGAUCAGUACUACCACUGGGCAAAACUUGACCCAGAUGGUGUUCUUCGACAGUAUAAGUAUCCAAAAAGGGAAGCAGUAAGAAGUGGUUUGCCUGCAGAGUGGACAGUAGUGCAAGCCAUGCCGGCAAAUAUCUGCAAUAUAGUAUAUACGGAUUUUGGUAGUGGAGUGUGUGGAUACAACAGCUAUUGCAUGUUGAACUGGAAUCAGACAGAAACAGAAUGUUCAUGUGCCCCACACUAUUCUUUCUUUGAUACAGAAAGGAAGUACAAAGGGUGCAAGCCAGACUUUGCACUGCAGAGCUGUGACUUGAGUGAAGCGCAAGUGCUAGAGCAGUUCAAAAUGAUUCCAAUGAAUCAUAUUGACUGGCCUCAUCGUGCUUAUGAGGAGUAUUACCCCAUAGACGAGACUACUUGCCAAAGCUUAUGCUUGAAUGAUUGCUUCUGUGCUGCUGCAGUGUCUGAUCAUACUGGCUAUUGCUGGAAGAAGAAGCUACCUUUGUCUAAUGGGAAUGAAGGGAGCGAAGUUCAACGGACAGUUUAUCUCAAGGUGCCGAAGGAUAAUUAUUCACAGACUCUACUGAAUAUUGAGGCCAGCAGUAAAUGGAAAACCAAUAGGAAGGAUUGGAUACUUGGAGGAUCGAUCAUUAUAGGUAGUUCUGUAUUUCUCAACUUUCUCUUCAUCUCAGCCCAUUUUCUGGGAGCUCACUUUAGGGCCAACAGAGAAAAGAACCAUUUACGAGCGUGGACCAGGAUGAUGACAAGAGAUUUCACUUACAGAGAACUUGAGGAGGCAACUAAUGGGUUCAACGAGGAAGUGGGCAGGGGAGCUUCUGGUGUAGUCUAUAAAGGGUACCUACAUGGUGAGUUUGACACUAGCAUUGCAGUCAAGAAGAUCAUCGAUAGGAUCCCACAAGAGACAGAGAAGGAGUUCACAAUGGAAGUUCAAACAAUUGGGCACACGCUCCACAAGAACUUAGUCCAGCUAUUGGGAUUCUGCUAUGAAGGAGCUGAAAGGCUCCUGGUGUAUCCAUUUAUGCCCAAUGGCUCUCUUACUAAGUUCCUCUUCAGUGGGAAGAAGCCAGCAUGGGCCCUCCGAGUUGAUAUUGCCCAUGGGGUGGCAAGAGGACUCCUCUACUUGCAUGAGGAGUGUGGUAAGCAGAUCAUACACUGUGACAUAAAGCCUGAGAACAUCCUUCUUGAUAACAACUUUAUAGCAAAGAUAUCAGACUUUGGCAUAGCAAAGCUGCUGAAAGCUGAGCAGACAAAAACUAGCACUGGAAUCCGAGGUACCCGAGGAUACUUUGCUCCAGAGUGGUUCAAGAACGUGAGAAUCUCCAGUAAAGUAGAUGUGUACAGCUUUGGUAUAGUCCUUCUGGAGAUUGUAUGCUGCAGGCGGAAUGUAGACCUUCAGUCCAACGAUGACGAGCAAGUUGUAUUGGCAUACUGGGCAUAUGAUUGCUACCGCUGCAGUCGCCUCGACUUGUUAGUUGAAAGUGAUGAGGAAGCAAUUAUCAAUAUGAAGAUAGUGGAAAGAUUCAUGAGAGUUGCACUUUGGUGUAUACAGGAUGAACCAGAAAUGCGCCCAACUAUGCUUAAAGUGACCAAGAUGCUUGACGGAGCAAUAGAAGUUCCUCAGCCUCCAAUUGAUACCCCAACUUUCAUAAGUUUAUGGCAUUGAGAAGAGCAAGUGGUACUUUUUUCUGUUUAGGGAUCUAUCUUUUGGUCAGCCUGUGCUGUUGAAGGAUGAUGGUAGUUUUGCUGUUGCUCUGACAGACAUUAGAGAAUGGAGAAUCCCUUUUGUUGGUCAUUAACAGGUUAUGAAGUCUGUUCUGUUUUCUCAUUCUUGCAUGGAAGCUUUGUGUGUCCUUGAGAAUAAAAAAAUAUACUGGCUUUUACCAAUAGUGAUAUGGUUGAUUGGUUUGCA